AUGGAUUACAGAGGUGCGCCAGGCUUGGAAUUUGGUGAUGGCAACACGAGGCUUGAUCCAAGUGUUGCGAAGGGUGACCUGCUCAUUUCGACAGAUCUUGACAAAGCUGACUUCCUCAAAGCGCUACCGGAAGGCAGCAAAGUCAUCGCCACUGAUGCUCAUGGCAUCAGUUUCUGGGCCAACACCGGCCGUCUGGAUGUUGAGCUUGCCGGUGGUUCGCCACAUGCGUACUUCAUCAAAGUAAUCUCGAAUGAUGUUGGUUUGAAUAUGCCCAUCGCUUAUGGCACCUACGAGACGAUACCCGAUACGCACUUCUACAUCUGCGACUUUCGAGAGAUGAUAGAUGACAUGCCAGACCCGCAUAGAUUUACUACUCGCCUAGCAGCACUCCAUCAAAAGAGCAGGUCACCUGAAGGCAAGUUCGGUUCCGAAGACACGACGUUCAAUGGCAAUUUGCCACAGCUCGGUGGAUGGGAAGCGAGCUGGGAGACCUACUUCAGUAAGAGUAUGAGACUUGCUCUCGAUCUCGAAAUCAAAGCUAAAGGCCACGAUACUGAGCUUGAUAACCUAAUCCCAACACUAUUUGACAAAGUUAUUCCACGGCUGCUACGCCCGCUUGAAAGCGAAGGACGGUCAGUCAAGCCGUCGCUUGUCCAUGGAGACCUGUGGUACGCCAAUUCUGGCAUAGAUGUCAACACAGGCGAUCCCAUCAUCUUUGAUGCGUGUAGCUUCUAUGCCCACAAUGAGUGUUAG